AUGGAGCUUUCAUCUCCAAAGGAACGCGUGUUAUCUUCAUCUGAUUGUAUGAGUGACGCUGAGGAGGAGCAUGAGAUCAGCGAGGAGGAGGACGACGAUCGCAACCAUAAGCACCGUAGGAAAGAAGAGACUCGGUCUUUGUCCUUGGAGCAAGGCUCUUCAGAUCAGGCAAGGCCGCCUUACAGGAAAAACUACAGAAAUUUUGGAAAUGGGAGUAGUUUUGGUGAACAUGAAAAGCGGCCGCAACGUGUAGGGUUUGAUAAUCAGAGAGGAAGAUCGAAUCCGGUGUUUUCGAGGGAUGCUGGUCAUGGGAGAGGGAGAGGGAGCUAUGGUUCUUGGGGGCAGCGGGAUUCGAGGUUUAAUUCUGUUGAUUUGGCGUCUCAUAUGGUUCCUGGUAUGUUUGGAGGGAGGGCAUUAGGUGGUGUUUCAGCUGCUCAGAGUGCACCUUGGCCUGCUUUUGGAAUGCUUAAUGGAGUUCCGAAUGGUGGUUUGGAUGCUUUUCAUCAUAUGCAAGGCUCUUUAAGGCCGCCGUUGAAUGCGUCGCUUAAUAUGGGUAUUCCUAGGCAGAGAUGCAGAGACUUUGAGGAACGUGGUUUUUGCCUCAGAGGAGAUAUGUGUCCGAUGGAGCAUGGGAUUAAUCGUAUUGUUGUUGACGAUGUUCAGAGUCUAUCACAGUUCAACCUUCCCGUUUCUGGCCCUGGUGCACCUCAUAUGGCAGCUUCUUCUAAACCAGUGCCUGCACAGUUUGGGUGUGCUAAUUUCAUGAAUGCUAAAGGAGCUCAUGGGAAGACUAAUGAGAGUGGAAUUCCUGUUGAUGGUAUGGGUUAUGGUGAUGCAUAUCCUAGUGCAGCUGGAACUGAUUUUUACGAUCCUGAUCAACCUUUGUGGAAUAACAGUGCUGGUGAAACGUCAGGGGCAUUGCCUGCACUUAGUUCUCAUGGGAUUGAUGAGAGUGUAGCUCCACUGGAUGACAAUAACCAAGAUGGCCCUGAAAAUGCGGGUGGUAUUCAAGACUCAAGAAGCAAAAGUCAACAGGUUUGGGGAAGAACGCGUGGUUAUAAUGGUCAAGCAAAUUUCAAAGAGAAAGCUGAUGCAGGAUUAAAUCCGUCAGCUGGUUUUGAAGAUCAACUGAAGGAGGCUACAAGCAAUUCAUCUCGCCACGGGAAACAAAACCACGUUGGUGAAAGUGUCACAAAAGUUGCUGGUUCAUCAAAUACUUUGAAUGAUGCGAUGAACAAUACACGAAAACCAAUGCAAAAGGCAAUGCGUACUCUAUUUGUCAAUGGUGUUCCCCACGAGAUCAACAGAAAGGACCUCAUUCUUGCCCAUUUUCAGAAAUUUGGGAAAGUUAUUGACAUUCACAUCCCAAUAAAUAGUGAACGAGCUUUUGUUCAGUUCUCAAAACGCGAAGAGGCUGAAUCUGCUCUCAGGGCACCUGAUGCUGUGAUGGGUAACCGCUUUAUCAAGCUUUGGUGGGCGAAUAGAGAUAGUAUACCUGAUAAUGGCCUCUCCACUGGCAAUGGUGCUUCUAUGAAGGGUCGUGUUAUGAAUGCUUCCGGAGGACAGAACCAACUUCCUAUUGCUGCAGCAUCGAAAAGCAACCAUGUAACUUCCACUGCAAAGGGUCCUGCCUUCUACGCCGGUGGAGCUCCAUCAUCAUCUGAACAGCCUAAGCCUGUGGGUUUCACAAGUGGUCCCAAGGUUACGCCGCUUCAGCAGAAAAAAGCAGACGAUCUUGAGCGGUUGAAGGAGACAUUUCGGAAAAGGCAGGAAAUACUGGAGCAGAAGCGUGACGAGUUCCGCAAAAAGUUGGCGCGUCUUGAAAAACAAGGUACGGUUGUCAAGGGCGAUGAAGCUGAUGAGCCAGAUGCUAAGCGCCUUAAAGUAGACACAGCCUCUAACUCUGGUGCCGCAACCUCAUCACCAAAAACAGAGUCAUCCACAGAUAAGAAGAAAGUGCCUAUCCAAAAGCCGCUUUCUACUGCUAAACUAAGCACAGAAACGCCAUCCCCAGAUCCGAAACACUUAAAGCAAAGACCAUAUCCAUUCACCACAAGAGUGAACACUCCUAUGGUGAAUAGGUAUAAGUUGGACAACCGCACGACUACCAUCAAAGUUGUUCCUCCUUUGCCCACCGGGUUAGCGGAUGUUGCUGUCUUAAAGGAACAUUUUUCAUCCUAUGGCGAAGUCUCAAAAGUGGAACUCGAAGACAAUGCAUCGACUGAUAGUGGCAAGGAUCAGAAUGAAACAGUUGAAGAAAACCGUGCAGCUUGUGUCACAUUUUUGAAACGCAGCGCAGCCGAGAAAGCGUUUGCUAACGCAAAAUGCUGGAAAGAACACACGUUGCAGCUCAAGUGGGUAACACGUCAAAGCAACAGAGAGAAUAAAAGUAGCAACAACAACAACAACAAUCUCUCUGUUACUAGUGACCACCUUAGCAGCAAAAACAAGUGCACUGCUUCUGUCUCUAAUGACCCAAAACCAAAAGAUGAAGUCAAAGCCUCGUCUACGGAAGAACAAGAGAACAAAAUUGUCUCUGGAGACGGCAAUACGCUGGAUAAGCAAGAGACUAAAGAAAGCGAUAAUGGCAACAAUACAAGUAACAGCGAGUCCAUCGAAGGAGCUUCAGAAGCGGUUGCAGUGUCCGAAGCUGAUGAUGAAGAAGAGAAAAAUGGUCAAGUUGGGAAAGGAGAUUCAAGUCAGUGA